GUGGACACUGAUUGGGUACAGAACAAAUUCCUCCUCCUAUUUUUCCAACAGAAGAAAGUGAAAGUAGAUCGGGAACAAAAGAGGAGCGGCCGCGGAAAUUACCCUCACCUGGGCUUUUAUUCGCAGAGUUUUGGUUUGUUCAGUGAGAUGAGAUGUCAGAAAUGGCGAGCAGGGCCAAGGACGACACCAGCGAGGACAAUGUGUCCCCGGAGAGAAGGAAUGGGCUUAUGAGAAAGUGGAAUUCAGUGAGGAAGAGCUUCCGUGGUAAAGUGGGAAGGAGGGUUGAGACCCAACCGAAGGAAGGAAAGGAGACCCCACCAAAGGAAGGAAAGGACACCCCAGAUCAGAAGAAAACAUCCAUGUUAAAACGAUCAGUGAGUGCAGUCCAGGAUCAUUUGAAAAGUCCCACAAGUUUGUUCGCUGGAAAACGACCUCCAUCUCCUUUGCCAGAAAAGAAGCAGCCUCCAGUCGUGAUCUCCACAUUUAAGCAUCACCUUGACAAAAAGCAGUGGUGUGAGGCCAGCCAGCUGUUAAUAGACAAGGAGAAAAAUCUGUUCGGGAAUAUAACAGAGGAAGAGGAUCUUAGUUACGACAAAGAAGAAGAACGAAAGCUCGCUGCAGACCACGAGGCCCUUGAAAAGCUCGUAAUGGAGACCGUGGUGGAGACUCUGUCUCUAAAACUUAAGGAGGUCGACGACAACAACGAGUCGGUGUCUGCUCUGACGUCCGCCGUGAAGGCCAUCAUGCAGGAGGAGGAGCAGGACCAGAUGUGGAAAGCCAGACAGUGUCGGACGGUGCCGUCGUGGAGGCCAUGCAACUGGAGGAAGAACCACGACUCGGCACUUCACGUCUUGGUUGGGGGGCGUAUGGAUAGGCCCCAGACACCCACUGCUAUCCCAGCGCUGCAGUCGUCCAUCCAGACAGACGUCCAGAACAUGGGCAGGCGGCUGAAUGACGACCUGCUGCUGGUGGUGAAGCUGGUGAAGAGCUGCUACCCCCCUGAGAUGGACAUCUGUAACUUUUAUGCUAAACUUUACCACCAACACUUCAGCACCAGACUCAGAAAGAUUGCAGAGUCUAGAAGUCUGGAUGACAAGAACUGCAUCGUAAUCCUGCGCUGGGUGAAUGAAUAUUAUCCAAGCAUCCUACAAAGUGCAGAACUGGCCCAGGAGAUCGAUGUGAAAGCGCUGGGAAAGCUGCUGCCUCAAGAGCUACUGGCAACUCUGGAGAAACGGUAUCUGGGAAAAAAAAAGGCUGAUCUGAAGACUUUUAUCGACCAAAUUGUGGACAACGCAGCGGAAAAGUGGAAAAAAGGAGACGAGCCAAAAAAAGAAGAUGGCUGCUACGUCAGUCAUGUGGCCUAUGACAUCAUCCAGUGCAUUAAUGGUAUGGUGAAAGAAGCAGAGGUAAUUGUAGGAGACCUGCACAAGGCCCGGGAAAUAACACGUCCCGUAUCAGACUCCAUGCAGAGGUACAAAGUCUUUCAGGAAGACAUCAUCAAGCAGAACAAGCCCAACAGCACGGCGUUCAUUAAAGCAAACCUCGGCUGCAUUGAAGACUUCAGGGACAUCCUGGUCAAUAAGAGUGAUCUGUUCCAAGAAGAAGUACGGAGGAGCUGUUUGGAUGUGAUAACCAACAUGAAACAAUCUGCACACAUGUAUUUACUGAGUCCUGUGCACAAGAACCUCAAGACACAGUACCAGAAGCUGGGAACGAAGGACUGGCUGAACAAGAACGCGUUUGAUAAGCUGCUGCUCAGCAUCGAAAAGGAACUUCAGGAGCUUCGGGGCCCCAAUCAGUCCGGUUACCAGGAGCUGAUUGGCCAGUUUCACCAGGAAGUAACGGAGGAAUACGUCAGGAGGCUGAUGAAAGGAGACGUCAAACUGAAGGACAAGGAUCGGCAGCAGAAGGCCUAUGAGACUGUGAUAGACAACGCAGAGAGUUUACACAACCUGUUCAAGAAAAUGGGGUCACAGGACGACUGGUUAAAGGAAAUCUUUACCCACAUUGCAGAACUGCUGCAGCUCCAGGACAUCCCCGCCAUGCAGAUGGAAAUAGUUGCACUGGGAUCUGCUCAUCCUGACAUCAGUGAGGGACACCUCUCAGCUUUGCUCAGACUGAGGACGAACCUCUCCAAAGAAGACAAGAACACCAUCAUAGAAACUCUAUCGGACACUUUGAAGGAAGUCAAAGUUGACACUGAUGCUCGGAAAUUUUUCUCCAAAGUUGCUCUCAAAUGAGUUUGUGUAGAGAACUUAAUGUGAUGUAUCGCUGGCCAUACACGUGUCAUUCAAGUAGAAAUGUGAUUUGUCCCUUGUCUUGUGUUGUACAUGAUGCUAAGUGUGGAAGGUAAAUUUAGAGGAGAGCAUUUACCAUUCAUCUGCUGCACAUUUCACUCAGGAACACGUUCAGGAAGAGACUCUUUAAACUUUAUUUAGGAUUAUACAACAAGCAGCAAUGUUACAAAACUAUUUUAUUUUGUUGUCAAACAUUUUGAACAUGUAUAAAUGUACGUAACCAUUUGUACAUUCAAAAAAAAAGAAAUGAUUAUAAAACAAAACACAUAACAGAAAUGCAGCCCAUAUGUUUGAAAAAGGAGUAAACAUAACUAUUCUAUUUUAACUUUUUAUAGGGUAAUAUAGUAAUAUUGUAAAUGCAACUUCUGCUUGAACACCCCUGAAACACGCAGCUAACGUUAUGUUAGCAUUAGCAUUAAUGUAACAAGAAUUGUAAUUUCAGUCAAUAUUUAUUCUAACCCAUAACUUUAUCCAGACUGAAACUGAUGAUGCAUUACAUGUUAAUCUUAUCCGAUACGAAGUGUGCAAUAACAUCCAUAUUAAUAUAUAACAUAUUACAUAAAUAUCAGGAGAAGGAGAAGUCUACCCCGAAGUCGACAGAAGGCGAACACAAUAAACAAAUAAACAAACACAAUACCUACUAUUUGGAAAGCUGCAAAUGUUCUUCCCUUAUAUAAAGGUGGAGACACUUCAAUUCUGGAUCCUAUCUGAAGACAUUCUAGCUAAUUUGCACUUGUAUGCAGAUGAUGCAGUCGUUUACAUAUCUGCUCCCUCUGCAGCACAGGCAAUUGAAGACUGCUUUUGAGUUAUUACAAAGCACUAUGAAGGGUCUAAAAUUGAUUUUAAAUGUCCAUAAAACACGGUUUAUCUAAGAAUUUCUAUGCCUGAUGGCACAUUGGUUUAAAGAGUGUCCUCCUGCAAGUAUUUGAGAACAUGGAUUGAUGAAAAACUUUCAUUUAAUGCACAUAUUUCUAAUCUGCUCAAUUUGACAGAGCUGGGCGUUUAUGUUCAUGGAACAACCUUUAAAAAACUCCCAGGUUAAAAACACUCCUUUAAUGAGUUUUAGAGUAUCAUAAAGAAUGCAGCGAAGGGUGAACGCCGCUGUUUUACUGCUCAUUUGUGUAUCAUGCACCAGUUUUUUUUAUGGCUUUUGACUUUAUAUGACUAUUUAUAUGGCCAGGUCUCUCUUGUGAAAGAGAUUUCUAAUCUCAAUGGGGCUUUCUGGUUACAUAAAGGUUAGAUAAGUAAAAAGGCCCUGUGGAAUAUUAAAUUGGUCCUGCAGGCCAGAGACGUGCUGCAAGGUCUGAAACUGGCGGCAUAUAUUAGAGCCUGAAUGUCACAAAUGAUUUAUCUCAUCUAUGUCUACCUCUGACCUGAGAGAUUUUAGAGCUGGGAGAGGGGAGCAGAAUGAAGUUUUUGUCUUUGGGUUAUUUAGUGUCUUUGGUGAACACACAAAUGGUACCGUGUGGAAACUUAAAUCUAAUUAAAAUAUAUUAAAUCGAGGUACAAUGUGCUUGUUUUUGUCUGUCCUCCAUGGUAAUUGUUCUUACUGUCAGAGUUUGUUCUAAUAAAUAUAUUAAUAAAAUAUUAUAACUUGU